AUGGGCAAGUUCAGCCUCAAGAAAGGUGACAAUGAUGACGACUCUAGCAGACUGGCCCUUUUCGGCUCCCGUUCAAAAUCAAAAUCCCCAGCUCCUCCCACGAACAACCCCUACGCUCAACCUGCUAUCCCUGCCGACCCAUACACAAAAGCAAAGAUGAAUGCUGGGAUCGUACCCCAGUCAGAGCAAGCUUCAAGAGGUGGCUUCCAGACUGGACCGGGCCUCCAGGGUCAAUCUGGGUUGCCUGGCCCUGGACAGCAAAGGCCGUCUCAAGGCCGGGACAACCCAUAUGCCAGCGGUCAGCCUGGUGGAUAUGAUAACAAGUACGGUCCUUCACAAGGCGGCUAUGGCUCAGAGAAAUUUGGCAAUCAGAAUGGCUAUGGAGGUGCUGCUAGUGGCGGUAACCCUUAUGCCAGCGUACAGCAACCCAGUGGUACAUCACGGCAGGGCGGCUACGGUGGACUUGGCCCUUCCAAUAUUUACGACAAUGACUCCAAUCGUGACGAGCUCUUUGGUGGUGCCCGGGAGCGUGUCCAGCAAAAGCAGCAGAGCCAGCCGGGUGGCCCUCCUGACUACCAAUACAACUCUAAUAACGAUAGUGGCGACCGGAGCUAUGGAGCAUAUGGUGAUCGUCAGCUCACAGCUGAAGAGGAAGAGGAAGAGGACAUUCAGGCUACAAAACAAGAAAUCAAGUUCAUGAAACAACAAGAUGUUGCUUCCACCAGAAAUGCCUUGCGGAUCGCUGCCCAGGCUGAAGAGAUGGGCCGGAAUACUCUUGCUAGGCUGGGUGCACAAGGUGAACGAAUGCACAAUACGGACAGGAACCUCGAUAUUGGGAAUAAUCACAUCAACAUCGCAGAAGACAAAACCAAAGAGUUGAAGACGCUGAACCGGAGCAUGUUCGCGGUGCACGUCAACAACCCUUUUACGGCGAAGGAUCGGCGGGCGCGACGAGAUGAACAGAUAAUGGAACGCCACCAUAAUGAGAGAGAUGCCCGAGAAGCAUCAAGAGAGGCUGCGUUUCAAAGUACUCAGCGAAUGAACCGAAAUUUCAAAGGACUGGAUGAUACCUCAGCCGCGCCUAGAGCGAAACAAAGUCUAGCGGAAAGAGCGAAAUAUCAAUUUGAAGCUGACAGCGAGGAUGACGCCAUGGAAGAUGAAAUCGAUCGAAACCUCGACGACCUCACUGGAGCGGCCAAACGUUUGAACUUACUGGCUCGUGCUACAGGAGAAGAAGUCGAACAGCAAAACCAAUUGAUUCAGAACAUUGCGGAAAAGAGCGACCGAUUCGACGAUCGCUUGCAUUUCCAAACGGAGCGAUUGAAGAGAAUCAGAUAG